UGGAAGUAUUCUUGACAGAUAUAUAAAGUAUCAAAAUGAAGUUGAAGAUGGUUCAACUUUUAUAUCAGAUCUUAAUAUCAAUAAAAAUAAUAUUGAAGAGAAAACACAACCAUAUAUUGAUCUCAAUCAUGCAUGGAGACAAGUGAAUGCAGAUGACAAUGAAGGUAUUUCAUUAGAAAGAUUACAUGAGAUUGGAGAAACCUUUAACAACGAAUCUUGGAUAAAUCUUUCGAACAAUAUUGAUUAUACAAGUGAAAGCUUAAGGCAAGAAUACCUAGAUCUUAGUCGAUUAGUCAGACAGAUGAAUGGUAAUGACCUUGAAGGAGAAAGCCUAGAAAGAUUAAAAGAACUAGAAGAUAAGCUUGAAAUAGGAGGAAUGCGAGUUCGCUCAAGAAGAGAAAAACUAUAUGAGGAGAUAGCAAAAAAAAAUGAAAUUCAUACAAGAGAAAUGGAGAUGAAAAAAGUGAAGAUAUUGCAACUAGAGGAAGAAAAUAGUAGGCUUCAACGAGAGAGGAAUCUAGUAGCUAAUCAAGAUCUCAUUCAUCAUGGAGAAUUUAACUAUCCACUCCCUAGGAUUGAACAACCAAGCAAUGAAGUGCAAUCUCAUGAGAGUACAUGUAUUCCUACAAACCAACAGAUGCACAAUGGAAAUUUUCUAUACUACGGUGAACAUGAUAUCUCUCUAAAUUUGAGGUAUGCACGUAUGUAUAGUUAAAUUUUUCAAUAUUCAAUAUAGUAAUUUGUAGACUUUUGAAACAAUUAUCAUGUAAGAUUUUGGUUGACAAUUGGAUCUCUCUAAUGAGUAUCAUGUAAUAUUUCUAUUUAUGG